AUGAUGCUCUACGACGUCCACGUCGCAGCUUUUCAAGCAGAGCUCAAGCUCGGCGACUUCGGCUGGGCGGCCAUCGCCCCGCCGCCGGGAGAGGGGAAAAUCACGAAGCCGCCGCCCACAGGCAAGCUAUCAAACCACAAAGACGAGGCGACACAGCCGGCCGUGAAGCGCCAGGUGCUGUACCUGCUGCUUGUGGGCCACAAUCCCUUCAACCAGGCGCUGAAGCAGCCCUCGCAGGAGCUGCAAGACCAGGAAGUCUUGCGACUCGUCGCCAUGGGAAACUACAACCGGCGCACAGAGAGAUGGCUUCAGCUCCACCCGGAUGCCCGCGACCUCAUUACCAAGCUCCUCCGUGUGCAGCCCGCGCAGAGGUCCUCUGCUACGGAUGCGUUGCAGUCGGCCUUCAUCACGCGCAGAGCGGUGUUGGGCCGGGUGGCAGGCUACGGCGGCCAUUCCACGGCAAUCUCGUCAUGCAUGGAGAGCGAGCCCUCCGUGUUCUUUCGGGGUUCCGUGGCGCCCUGGGCUGGACGCGAGCGCCGGUGGGCCCGGCUCGACGGCUUUCAGCGCCUUGCCUGGCUGGCGAUGGCGCGGGCGCUGUCUGAGCCGGAGUUGGAUCGCUCCGUCGUCCAAGGUGCAAUGGAGGGCAUGGAGCACGAGCGGCAGCGCCGGUCCAGCGAACCUCGCGAGGCUGGCUACCUGUGGCAGCUGGCGCGGGAGCUGGGCACAGCUCCGGUCUUCCAGUGGCUUCAG